CAAAUGAGUCGAAUUGUAGUGAUACGUCAUUUUGAGGUCAGUCCGUGUUGAACUGAUCUUUGUAAUUGCACCUUUACAUUUUGUUCAAGAAAAUCAUCGAAAUGGCGAGAGGCUUGGUAUUUCUGCUGGUCCUGGUCUUCACGGUUGUGGGACAGUCGCUGAGUCCCAUCUCUACCCUGUCCUUGGACAGCCAGGCCAGGUUCAAGGCCAUCUUUGAGCAGGCCAAGCCCUACGCGGAUCUGAGCACGGCCCACUAUGCCAUCUUGGGACUGAAGCUGCUCAAUGCUCCCAUCCCCCAGCCCCAGGAGGCCUGCACCUUUUUGAAGGAGCAUCUGGAUGCCAACAGUAUCCAGUCCAUCUAUCAUGCCACCACGGCUGCCAAAACUCUGGGCAACUGCAAGGUGCCCUUGAGCAAUGGACAGCAAGUGUUGAAUUCCGCUGUCACCGAUAGCUCAGACGUAGCGACAGUUUUCUAUGCUGUCUCAGCGCUGGCUGCCCUUGGCCUCACCAUUAACUCUGCUGAAGUGGCAAAGGCUUUGGAUGCCGGACUGAAGAAAGACGACAGUGUUUUGAGUUCCAGUUUGGCUCUCCAUGUGGCAUCCAUGUUGUCUAAUGAAACCAAUGUCGAUAAAUACCAUGAUCUCAUAGAAGAUAUUGUAGCACAAGCAGAUGAAGUAGGAGAAAAAUAUUUACAGUUUGAUUCGUUACAGCAGACAACAAUUUUCAUAGAAGGAGCAUAUAAACUAUCUGGAGUAGUCAAUAAAGCACCAGUUAUUAGCGAGGAGCAAGUAGUGCUUUUAGGAAAUUACAUCGUUAGCAGACAAUCUACACAGAGCGUCCGUAAUGCAUACUUUGUCCUCAGUGGAACCAAAGCCCUGUCAGAUAACAAGUUCCAAAUUCCAGUGGCAUUCGCCCUGGCCGGCCCAGUGGCCGUCACUUCUGCCCAGCCCAGCAUCAGUGUGCGAGUAUCCAACCUGUUCUCAGCCAGCCUGGGCAAGCUGAUCGUCGUGGCCACCUCCGUCCAGUCCCAGAGUGAGGGAGACACAGCUGCUAGCAACCUGCCCCUCUCUGGCACUAGUGACCCAUCCAUCUACCAAGUGAACCUCAUGGAAUCUAAGCUGUCGCCCGACUUCUACCGUGUGGUCCUGGAUGCCACGCCCUCCCAGGCCGACACCCGCCUUAUUGGUCUGGCCGAUGGUGCGGUCACGGUCAAGGUCACGACCCAGGUCACACUGGACACUGCAGAGAUCAACGUGAUCGACAAGGAUCAGUCCAUCACAGCCAAGACCAUGAGGGUCAAGUACCCUGAGAAGGUGACCAAGGGCAUCGAGGCUGACCAUCAUCAGAACCUGGUGGUCAAGUUCAGCCUCAAGGACAAGUCUGGACAGCCCAUCGAGGCUCACCAGACCUUUGUCCGCAUCACCAACGUGAAGACCAAGCAGGAGGUCAUCUUCACGGCCGAGGCGGAUUCCGGCAAGGUCUACAAGUUCACCCUGGACGUCGCUGAGAGCGGCAAGGAAUACUUCAAGGAUCUGUCUGGACGCUACUCCAUCGACCUCAUCAUCGGAGAUGCCGUCAUCCAGAAUCCAUUCUUCUGGAACUUGGCCGAGGUGUCCCUGCAGUUCCCCGAGUCGGAAGCCAGGCCCUCUCUCCCAGCCGGCAGCCAGUACAAGCAGCUACCCAAGAUCGAGCACAUGUUCCGUGUCGCUGAGAAGCGUCCUCCCUCGGUCGUCUCCAAUGCUUUCACCGUCCUCGUCUUGGCUCCCCUUGUUCUUCUCUUCCUCCUGUGGGCCAAGCUUGGAGCCAACAUCAAUAACUUCUCCCCAUCCCCCAGUGCCUUGGGCUUUCAUCUUGGUCUAGGAGGAAUCUUUGCCUUGUACUACUGCUACUGGACGUGUCUGAACAUGUUCUCUACGCUUCAGUACCUGACCAUCCUGGGGGGCAUCACCUUCCUGUUUGGUAACCGUCUCCUCAGUGGCAUCGCACAGCAAAAGAAGUAGCAUAGUUUUACACAACAAUAAGAGAAAGGUCAUCAAUUCGUCCCGACCAACCAAACAACAAGAGGAGAAUAAUGCAAUUUAAUUUGAACUGUAAUGUACCUCAUUGUUUAAUUGAGGGGAAUUUAUAUACAUGUGAAAUACAAAGGUUCAGUCAUUACAAGUAAAAUAUUGCUGUUUUGUAAAUUUUUGAAAGUCACUAAUUUUUAGUGAAUCUAAGAAUAGUUUAUCUUUAUAAAAUUACUGGUGAAGGGCUUUUUUGUAGUUUUUUUUUCGCUCUUGGACAUUUCAGUUGAGUAUAGACGUUAUAGAACUUUUGUUUGAUGUAGUUAGAAAAUUGUAGAGUACCAUAAAGAUCAUGUUUCUUAUUCAUAUGUUUAUGAACAAUACAUGCAGGACAACACAAAACUUAACAAGCAGAAGUAAAUAUACUAGCCUACUGUAUGUCUAAAUAAGGUAGCAUGUAGAAUUUGCAUUUUUGUCAAACUUCCAAGUAAGAUUGCCAUUAUUGUGUAGGAAUUUUGCAUUCUUGAUAUGUUCAAACCUCUGCAUAAAUGUUCUUCUUUGCAUUCUGGUUUGUACUUGUACGUCUGUGCAGGGGCAUCUUAAAUGUAUUACUUUAUUUCCUUGGAUUACUAAGGUUUCUCCAACAAUGUACCUUGUUCAAAAUGGGGUUGUUUUCUUGAUUUUGUCUAAAUGUGUCAAUUCCAGUUAAAUUAAGCAGAUUCUAUUGUGAACCAUAUUGAAAUGUGUGUUCUGUCAUGCUUAUAAAGUAUAUUUAAAAAAAUAAAACAGAUGACUGGAUUUCAACUUUCACCCA